ACACGAAAUAACUUGAACAAACCCACGUUGCAUAUUUUUGAUUUUGUGUGUUUCUGGAUUUUUUACAUUUUCAGGCGUGCCAUCCUAGCCAAUAAAGAUGUGUCCGGUAACACGCCGUGGCAGAGUGUUUUCCAGCACGACUACUGGGGGACCCCCCUGAUGGACUCCGGCUCGCAUGGCUCCUAUCGACCGUUGUGCGUGCUCAGUUUUCGCUUCAACUUCCUCUUAGGUGGCUACACACCUUGGGGGUUUCAUCUCAUCAAUAACUUAAUGCAUUGCUUGUCUACUGGUUUGGUCGUGAAACUAGCGCGGUACUACCUAUCUUCAGGUUGGGGAGUGCUGGCGACUGGAGCUCUUUUUGCUGCACAUCCGAUACAUACUGAAGCUGUAGCUGGAAUUGUAGGCCGCGCAGAUGUAGCUGCCUGCAUUUUCUAUUUACUCACAUAUUUGACAUAUAUGCGGCACAUUGCGUGGCGCGAACGCGAGGAGAUGCAUCAAUGGUUCGCACUAAUCCUCACAGUAACACUGUCACUUGUUGCUCUUCUCUUCAAAGAAACAGCAAUAACCGCACUAUUGGUGUGCGCAGUAUACGAUGGAAUACGUGGGCUCUGCGGUUUUCAAGAUAAACACCGCAUGCGCACUAUUUCUAUACUGGCUAUAUCGCUAGUAUGCAUUGUAUAUUGGCGUCUCCUGGUGCUUCCUCGUCCACAAACCGCCUUCUCAGCAGCCGACAAUCCAAUAGCAAAAAUACCUUCAAUUUGGACUCGAUUCCUUAAUUUUAUUUACCUACCAGCGUUCAAUUUCAGUUUACUUCUCAGCCCUCAAGUGCUUAGCUUUGACUGGGGAAUGGACGCCAUACCGCGAAUUAUAACUCUUCGCGAUAAACGCAAUUUAAUCAGCCUUUUCUUCUACUGCACGCUUAUCACUAUUGCCUUCAAAAGCAUAAGAUAUCUGUUGCGGCUCCGCUUGAAGCAUCUAGAAAACGGACAGAAAUAUGCAGAACAUCAACAAUAUAAGCAACGUAAAUCGCGAUCCAAGAAGAAAUAUCGAAUGAUAAUAGCCGAAGAUGCGUUAGAAGCACAUUCGCAAUAUAGCCUAUUAGAUUCAACAGUUUUGAGCUGUGUGGCUUACAAAGCGGAACAACUGAGGUGUGCUUGCCACGACUUCAAGCAGGAGCAAAGUUCUGCCCACCAUAGCCCAUCUUGUCGUGCUCUUAAUAAUAACAAUAAUAAUAACCCUCAUUGGCUUAAUGGGAGCGAUUGCUGUUGCCAUCAGUUAUUCCUGUCUUCCAUUGACGCACCCCACAUUCUAUCUUUGGCGCUGCGCAAAGCCCUCACAGCAGUAGCGCCACGCUCCUCGCGUAGUAGCAGUCGCUGCAGUAGCAGCACGACAGCAAGCAACAACAGCUCCGGUAGCAACACUUCCAGCAGCAGCACUUGCAGCUAUGCUUCUACCAUUAUGGCGGAAAGUCAGUUGCGACACAGACACGUAUUAGCGUCGCCGCCUAUGUUGAAACCGCGUACAACUCAACAUAUUAAUAACACCUGCAUUUUGUUAAUGGCAUUGUCUUUUCUUACACUGCCCUUUCUUCCAGCUACGAACUUAUUCUUUUACGUCGGUUUCGUAGUAGCCGAGCGAUUACUUUAUUUGCCUAGCGUCGGUUAUUGCUUGAUGGCUGGAUACGGCAUUGGCAAAUUAAUGGAUCGCAUACAUUCGCCUGCAGUGCGUAAGAGGAAAGUUGUACUGAUAUUCGGCCUAAUUAUUCUACUUAGCGUGCUCGGAGCGCGCACAAUUCAACGGAACUUCGACUGGUACAGUGAAGAGAGCUUGUAUAGAAGCGCCGUGGAAAUAAAUCCACCCAAAGCUCUGGGUAAUCUAGGAAGUCUUCUAAGCUCACAAGGUCGAUAUGAAGAAGCGAAGGAAGCACUGGUUGAGGCUAUUAAGCAUAGACCAAAUAUGGCGGACGUUCACUUUAACUUGGGAAUUCUUCAUCAAAAUCAACAAAACUAUAAAUCUGCAGUGGAGUCUUUUCGGAAAGCGAUACAUUUUCGACCAAAUUUAGCAGUGGCAUUCCUAAAUUUGGGCACAUCACUCAUUGCGUUGGGAAGGUGUCGCGAAGCGGCGCAUAUUCUAAAGGAGGGCACGCAAUUGAAUGGAACUGGGGUUCGUGAUCGAAACGCUCACAACAAUGCACGCAUCUCUGCGUACCUGCAACUGGGAGCUCUCUAUGCCGAACAAAACAAGUUACAACGCGCUCUGGCCGUUUAUCGUGAAGUGCUCUACGCUUUCUCAUCAACUGACUACCAACGUGACGUUGUGUACAAUCGUAUAGGGGAUGUUUUUGGCCGGCUGCAGCAAUGGAACGAAGCGGAGCGAUAUCACUACGCGGCUCUGCAGUUGCAACCAAAUCAAGUGGCGGCGCAUCUCUCAUAUGGUAUCACAUUGGCGCGAAAUAGUAGCCGUGCAGCAGAGGCGGAGGUUUGGUUCAAGCGGGCAAUACAGUUGGCACCACAUCAGUCCAGCGUGCACCACUACUACGCUGAAUUUCUCACCUCACAGUCGCGCACCGAAGAGGCGAUUUUUUAUCGCGUACGUGCUGCUGAGCUUGCGACCGAUGACUACGCGUUAGUAGUAGCGGCUGCUACGGCUUUACGCCUGUCUGAUCGCAAGGUGGAAUCCGAAAGUUGGUACCGCAAGGCGGUGACGAUGAGACCCAACGACGCCCACGCCCAUACAAACUUGGGUGCCAUUCUGCAUCUGCUGGGACGCACCACACAUGCGGCUAAUAGCUACCAAGAAGCCUUAAGAUUGCAGCCAGGGGAUCCGACAACAUUAGGAAAUCUCGCAAAGCUGGACGUCAUUAAAUCGAAGUGAAUGCAUUUGAAUGCAUUCUUGAGGAAAGUGAUGUCAUGGGUAUGACUUUGUCAAUACCUGACUAAGCUCAAUUGUAAUAUGAUAAAAACUGCUGCAGUAGGAAUUAGAGUUUUGAACAGUUUUUGGAUAAACAAGAAGAUCGAAAUAUUUUUUAUAAAGAUUAACAUAAAAUUGUGUAUAUAAUUCAAUAACAUAAAAGGACUUGAAAUUCUUCACAUUAUCAAUAACAAAAUACCAAACGAAAGAGGAACUUCAUGCACAAAAAGUGGGAUUUAGCUCAGCUGAAGAAUUUGUAUUGAAAAUCGAGUCAGAGCUAAGCUCACUUUUUAUACGUGAGGAUGAUUAAUUAAGUUUGUAGCUUCAAAGUAAAUUGGAGGAAUUAAAACAAAACAAUAAUAAAAUACGUGUUUGCAUAUAUAUAAUUAUGUAGUUUAGCCGCUUGUAAAUAACAGCUAUGCGGAUCAUAAAGUCUACGUAUGUUGGUUUUGUGUUAUUUACUUAAUUCAAUUUGUGUAAAUUCUCAAACUGAACGAGUAUGUAUUUGUUGCAAGACGCAGAAUUAAAAAAUCGUUGGGCAGCGAAAAGCAUUUAAGUAUUGUUAAAAUCCGAAAUUGUCGACUAUAAGAAAUGUAAAUUUAUGUUUAAAUAUGAUAUCAUAUACAUAUACAUAACUGAGGAAGGCAAUGAUUAUGAAAAGCUAACAAUAAGCAAGGUAAUGGGAUUAGCCAAGUGCUAGAGAAGGGAUGAGUUAAUGUAAUGUGUGUAAUACGAAUAAUAGUAAAUAUAAAUUAUGAAAGUGUAAAUGAUAAUAACUGCUUAAUGUAAUGAAUAUUGUAUCAAACAGAGGUCAUAUUGAAAUACAUACAUACAUGAAAAUAAUUUAAAUACAUGAAUGAACAAU